AUGAAUUAUCUUUAUUUAAAUAAUACAUCUCAACAACCCAUGACUCAUUCAUUUGUUUUCAGUAAACGAAAUGAGAAAAUCGAUUGGCGUCGUAUUGCUGCAGUGGAUGUUGAUCGAGUAGCUAGAGAUUUAGAUUUUAAAGUAUUGCAAGAUAAUAUUGAACAAAUUACAUUAUGCAAUAUUGAUAUGGAAGUUGAUACUCGAGCGAUGGAUCCAAAUUUUACAAAACUGUAUAAGAUGGCUCAAUUAAUAAUUGAAUAUCUUUUGCUUUGUCAAGAUCAAAUAACAAAUCAAUUAUUCGAUUAUGAACAAACAAAAAGCAAGAGCACUCAAGAUCAAGAUGAGUUUCAUCGAGAACUUCAAAAAUUAAAAGAUGAACUAAAUCUAACGAAAAAAGAAUCAAAAAAACGUAAGAAAAUGAUUGAAACACAACAGAAAAUGCUGAUGGCUCAACAUCAAAAUCAUCAUACGUGUCCUGUUUGUACGCAUUCAUUUUUAAGUUUCGAUUAUUUACAAGCACAUAUACAUCGUCGUCAUCCAGAGCAUGAUCCAGACAGAAGACGUGAACAUGAUGUGGACACUGAAAAAGAAGUUCAACAUCUCAAAGAGGAAUUACGUAACAAAGAAACAGAAUUACAACUUAUUAAGAUGCAAAAAGCUGUUGAUGAAGAAAAAAUUCGCGAACGUGAUGAAAAUAUUCGUAAACUGAAAGAUGAAAUGCAAGCAAUAAUACAAAAGUUGACCAUAUUAGAAGAGAAAUAUUUUACAUUACGAUCGUCCAAUCAAAAUCAAGUACCUUCAUCUAAUCAACCUGAAACUGGAAUUAAAGAAUUAUUAAAAGAAAAUAAAAGUUUACGUACUGAAAAUGAGCAAUUAAAACAAUCACUGCAACAGGCAGAACAUAAUUUUAAAAAAGAAGAAAAACAAAAACGACGUCUUGAACGUCAAAAUCAAAAUCUUCAACAACAAAUAAAUAGUUUAGAAGAAAAUCUUCGAUCAUUAAAAAAUGCAUCAGGUGAUUCAAGUCGAUUAUCUGAAGAAUUAACGCAAUAUCGAAAUCGAUAUAAUGAAGAAAAAAAUCGACGUAAACAAUUAGAGGAUCAACUUAAUGCAGCAAAUAAACAAUUAGCUCAACUUCGAAAUCAACCGCCACCAGUUAAUGAUCGUAAAUCGCCUGUACCACCACCUCGUUCAAGCAUUUCGCCACCUCCGAUGCCUACUCCAACUCGACCAACUACACGACCAAUUCAAACAACAGACAUAUUUUUACCACAAUUUUGUCCAAGUGUUAUUCGAGAAGUUAACGAAAAUCCACGGUUCUUGGUUGACUUUAGAAACAAUGCGAAACUUCAAUUCAACGAUGAACUUCAACAACAUGAAAAUUUGAAUAUUCAUGAAAGCGAUACUCGUCUUAGUGAGGGUGAUUAUCCGUCUAAAAUGAAAAUUGUUGAACAAACACGACGAAACAUGCAGAAUGAUUUACCAAAUUUCGAACGUAUACGUCGUGAGCUCAGUCAAACAGUAGAUAAACUUACACAUGAACGGCUACAUACUCUGCCUGGAAGUGGUACAUCGAAUCGUUUAUCAGGUGGUAAAUUAGUAAAAUUUGAAGAUGAGUCUCCACGACAUCAACAACCGAGUUCGAUAAAAAAGCCUUCUACUACUAUUCCAUCAAAACCUAAAUAUGAUUAUAAUAAUUCAUCCACGAAUUUUCGUUCUGAUGAUGAAGAAACAGCUACAAGUGAAAGCGAUGAUUAUUAUAGUCAACCAACUAGAUCUGUAACUAGUGCUGGUAUUCAACCAUCACCUAGAAAAGCUGUUCCAUCAUCCGGUAUUAGUGCAUUGACUGACGUUGGUAUGAGACCAGUACCAAUCAAUAAUGCCAAAACUAUAUCAGCAAUUGUUAGGCCAAAGUCAACCUUGGUUAAUCAACAAUCUGAAAGUAGUGAAGAUGAAAGUCUAACGAUACCAGUUGCACAACCAAAGACACGAUUUCCUGAUCAGAAGCCAAUUGAAAUAAAUUCAAAAGGACAGAAACCAAUAAUAAGUACUCGUCCAAAAACAGUUCAACCGACUCAUAAAACUCGGAAUGAUGACGAUGACGAUGAUAGUGGUUCAUCAUUCACUUCAGUUAAUGAACCAAACCCUCAGCAAAAAAUAUCCAUUACUAAUGUCCCACAAAAUUCACUUCGACCAUUAAUAAAUACUAAUACAAAUCAAAAUCUAUCAUCCGGUGAUAUUUCUCAACAUACUUAUGAUUCACUAUGGAAAUCACCAGGUGGCAAAGGGCCUGAUGUUCGACGACCACUAACAGCUGAUUCAGCUAAAACUUCAAUUAUGGAUUCUGACGAUGAUCUCGAUGAAGAGGAUUCAAAAUAA